AUGUCCGUCGCAACGAUGCUCCAACCGAGAGCCUCAAGGGCCUCGACGUCCUCCUCGGGGUCCUAUCAGCCAGUCACACGGCAGAAUACCCUCUCCUCCUCUCACGAUGGUCGGUCCGCCCGCCAAUCGAAGCGCAUUUCCGUCACCGCGCUGUAUCUGUCUAUGUCCGCAAAGGACAGAGACCUAGAGAUCUCUGAUGACCUGGCGAAAGCACAAAAGUACCUCCGUGAACUGAAAGCAAAGAUCUCGUCACAAUCGAAGAAGAACUUCGUCCUGGAAAAGGAUGUGCGCUAUCUGGAUUCCCGAAUCGCGCUGCUGAUUCAGAAUCGCAUGGCGCUAGAAGAACAAAACGAAGUUGCGAGCCAUCUCGACGAUUCGGCCGAUCCUCAGGAAGGCUUCUUUCCAAACGAUGAGAAGACCCAGAAAUACGGAAACCUACUCUUCCUUCUGCAGUCGGAACCGCGCCACAUUGCCCACCUCUGCCGAUUGGUGAGCAUGUCCGAGAUCGACUCCCUUCUCCAGACGGUCAUGUUCACCCUAUACGGAAACCAAUACGAGAGCCGGGAGGAGCACCUGCUUUUAACAAUGUUCCAGUCCGUGUUAACCUACCAAUUCGAUAAUACACCCGAAUACUCAUCUCUGCUGCGCCAAAAUACCCCUGUAUCGCGGAUGAUGACUACGUACACGCGACGUGGUCCCGGCCAAGGUUAUUUGAAACAGGUGCUGGCGGACCAAAUUAAUUCACUAAUCGAACUCAAGGAGGUCGACCUGGAGAUCAAUCCGCUCAAGGUCUAUGAGAGCAUGGUCAAGCAGAUCGAGGAGGAUACCGGAUCUCUCCCCGAUUACCUCGCGAGGUCGGUCACCCCCGAGGUUGCGGCUGAGAACGAACAGGUGCAGGCUAUCAUUGUCCCGCGACUGAAGAUGCUGACCGACAUCGCCAACACUUUUCUGAAUACCAUCAUUGACGGAUUGGACGAGACUCCUUACGGCAUCCGAUGGAUUUGCAAGCAGAUUCGGAGCUUGUCAAGGCGUAAAUACCCCGAUGCCCAGGAUCAGACUAUUUGUACACUGAUCGGAGGAUUCUUCUUCCUGCGGUUCAUUAACCCGGCGAUCGUCACACCCCGCUCUUACAUGCUUGUCGAUGGGACUCCUUCUGAUAAACCCCGGCGGACGUUGACUUUGAUCGCGAAGAUGUUGCAGAAUUUGGCGAACAAGCCCUCCUACGCCAAGGAGCCAUACAUGGCCAAGCUGCAGCCCUUUAUCCAGCAGAACAAGGAACGGGUCAACAAGUUCAUGCUGGAUCUUUGUGAAGUCCAGGAUUUCUACGAGAGUCUGGAGAUGGACAACUACGUCGCACUGUCUAAGCGUGACCUGGAGCUCCAGAUCACGUUGAACGAAGUCUACAGCACACAUGCCUUGCUGGAGAAGCACUGCGCUGCGCUGACUCAGGACCAGCACUCGCACCUGCAAGUCCUGCUCCAGGAAUUAGGACCCGCUCCCCCGCAGGUACCCCGAAAAGAGAAUCGGACGAUCAACCUCCCGCUGUUCAGCAAGUUCGAGACUGCCAUUGACGAUCUCACUGCUGCUCUCGAUAUCACGCAGGAGGAGAUCUACUUCAUGGAAGCCAAGUCGACCUUUGUCCAAAUCCUGCGUGCACUCCCUCAACACUCUUCCGUCACCCGGCGUCCUCUUCGACUCGACCGGAUCGCUGAAGCGGCUGCCACGCUGAAGAAUGACGCUGUCAUGGUUCGAAAAGGAAUCCGCACCAUGGAACUGCUGAGCCAGCUCCAGGAGAUGGGGGUCAUCGACCGUUCUGACGACUUCAGCCUGCUCCGGGAUGAGGUCGAACAGGAAUUGGUCCACCUGGGGUCCUUGAAGGAGAAGGUGCUGGAGGAGACGAGGAAACUGGAGGAGGUUUUCCGUACGAUCCGUGAUCACAACGCCUAUCUGGUUGGACAGUUGGAGACCUACAAGUCGUAUCUGCACAAUGUCCGCAGUCAAUCGGAAGGCCCGCACAGGAAGCCACAGAAGCACCAAGAACUGGGCCCAUACAAAUUCACCCACCAGCAACUCGAAAAGGAGGGCGUGAUCCGGAAGAGCAACGUGCCCGAGAACCGGCGGGCAAAUAUCUACUUUAUGUUCAAGAGUCCCCUACCGGGAACCUUUGUGAUCAGCCUGCACUACAAAGGUCGCGCACGCGGGCUUCUCGAGCUCGACCUCAAGCUUGACGACCUGCUGGAGAUGCAGAAAGACAACCAGGAAGAUCUCGACCUGGAGUAUGUGCAGUUCAAUGUGACCAAGGUGCUCACGCUUCUGAACAAACGAUUCGCACGAAAGAAGGGAUGGUAA